CAUCCUGUCCUAUAAAUCUCGAUAUAAUUCAGUAUCUUACCACACAUUUUAAUUACUUCUUUAAUCAUGGGUGAACACAAUACACAGUAUAAAUGGAAAAUUCUUGCGUGGAAUUGUAUUGGAAGAGAUCAGAGAAAAUUUACUCUAUUAGAAGGAGAAUGGUUUGACAAAAAGGAAGAGUGUGUUGCCGAUUUUAAAGAAACAAUGAGAGAAGGAUACGAUGUCGCAGACUGUUGGGGAACACAGGGAUACUUACUAAAACGUCGAAUCAUGCCGAAAAAGUACUGUUUGUAAUAAGUAAAGUGUUUUAAAACGAUGGUGAAAAUACAGAAGAAAGUUCAAUUUGACAAAUUUGUUCAAAUUAUAUCAAUACCCUGUGAAGAUCGGAAGGGGAUAUGGAUGCAGUAUGCUAUAGAUAGAGCCCAUUUUAAAAGGAGAAUUGAACAAGCUGAGAUAUUAUUGUCACCGACUUUACUUUUGAAAUUAAAUGACAUGAAAAUGUCUGAGGUCAAGUGUAAUCAACGUUUGAAAUAAGGGCGUGACACAGUUACUGUGUAUAUAAACCGAUGUAUUUUAGCAAAAGCAGUCAUACAUCUUAUGUUGAGAAAAAAUGGGAGGUCUGGCAAUCGAGAGACAAUUGAGGAGAAUAAAAUUGCAAUGGAUCAGAAUGUGUGAACAUAUUUUAUACGUUUUGAUCAAACAGAAAGAAGACGAUCUCUUACUACUUACAUGCAUCAUGAAAUGUAUGGAAACUGUGUUUGCUAUUAGUAAACAGAUUAAAAGUAUGAAAAGGGGAAAUAUGAAAGUCUGUCAAGCAAACUGGAAAAAACUUGGAUGCCAGGUGGAAAAGUUUAAAGAGUUGACAGAAGAAAUGGACAACAUCAUGUAUCGGCUUGAUUAUACAAAAAGAGAAAUAGUUCGUCAGUCAAAUACAAGUACCCAGCGGGUCUUUAGAGGAAUGGUGAAUACUUUAAAAAGUAUUUUAAAUACAUUUCCAAACAACAAAAUCCUGAGAAAGAAAAGAUUUAAGAGAACUGUGAAUUUAUGUCAAGGUCAGGAUUUUACCGGUUUUUUUUAAAUCAAGAUAAUGAUAGACAAUCAAAACGUCUGCAGUCACUUUAAAUGUACAACACACCACUCCCAUCGAAAAGUCUACGGUCAACCAACCCACGUGAUAGUGUAUUAUAAAAAUGUAGUGGCUAUGAACAUAUUUCAUCAGACCUGAGUUGAUCUUAUGGAGCACUACAUCGUUUCAGCAGUUAUGGAGCCAAAGCACCAAGACAUUAUUAAGGCUAACUACACGACUUUGGUAAAGAAAAUGAUACCAUCUUCGGUCGCCGGACAUCUCUUUGUCUCUAACAUUAUAACAGACGAAAUGAAAGAACAAAUUGAAGCAGAGAAAACCAGUUGCGACAGAAACAGAAAACUAAUAAGUAUCAUUCUCCGAAGAGGGCCUAAAGCUUUCAGGGGUCUCCGGGUGGCUCUGAUGAAAUCCAACCAAACGGAGUUAUCCAAGCUUCUCGCUGGCAGUGAUGAUACUACAUCCGAGUACCAAAAGAAAUUAGCCAUGGCCAGGUCAUUAAUAGUGAGUACAGCCGAAAAGCGAAAAGUGAAUGUGGAACCACAGAGGAGCUCUGUUGAACGACAAGAGUCUCAAAAUCAAGAACGAUGUAGGAUCAAUCUGGAUGACUUCAAUGACCUUUUCCUCACAGCUGUUCCCUUUAAGGGAGAAAUCAACAUUCAUAUCCGUCACUUUACUAAUGCAAACGGUCACUUUUUUGCAACAAAGAAGGGGGUGACGUUUCCGUUAUCAAGAUGGCUGAUGUUUGAAUCCAUUCUACCAGAUAUCGAAGAGAAUCUGCAAAGCAGUGGAACGGAAGAAAUGAAAUGGCAUAUCGGCGGUGGUGUGUAUGUCUCCAUCACCCCCGGAUAUGCUACGGUGGACAUAAGACACUUCUGGAAACCAGAGGAUGCCCCGGAGCCGGUUCCAACACGAAAGGGUGUGACGUUAAACAAACACAAACUGACCAGAUUACUACAGGCCAUUCAAGAAGUGCGAGAAUGUGUUCCCGAGUUAAAUAACGCAGAACUGUGUGCAUUCAGCGAAUCUCAUCAAAAUCAACUGGGGAUGUUGAGUUGUCCCGAGUGUACACCCUUCGGGUAUGAACCUAAAGAGACCAGUGCCUCCAUGGAAUGUAAUGUUGGUGACUCACAAGACUUAUUCAUAAGUGAAAGUGACUGUGAAUAAAGUACUGUGAAAUCAGUAAUUUUGUAGAUGUAUUCUUGUUCAGAAAAAAAAAGGUUACUGUAAAUUUAAAAGAACUUUUUGUAUAAAUCAUAAUGUUUUUGCAAAAGUUAUAUAAUGUAAUAAAAAGAAAUAAAGAUAUACUGACUUCUGAUUGGGCAUAUAGUACAAGAUAAAUAAUUAAAAGACUACAAGGGUAUAUAAUACGAGGGAAAUAAAUAGAAGACUACUCAGUCAGGUUCAAGAUGUCGAACUAUACAGACUAUUUGAGAAAACUUUACUAUACUCCUGGAAACCCAGGGUCAUUCGGAGGUCCAGAAAAACUCUAUCAAGCCGUAAAACAAGAUGGGAAGUAUAAAAUAGGAAGAAGACGAAUUAGACAAUUUUUGAACAAUGAAGAUUCCUACAGCUUGAUGAAACCUAUUCGUCGUACAUUUCCGCGCUCAAAGGUCGUAGUCGAUACAAUUGAUUCUAUGUGGGACGGUGAUUUAGCUGAUGUCAGCAAUAUUUCUCCCAAAAACGAGGGUUAUAAAUUUUUGUUAGUGUUGAUAGAUAUUUUCAGCCGUUAUUUGUUUAUAGUGCCACUGAAAAAUAAGCAACACCAAAACAUCACAGAUGGUCUAAAAUCUGUUUUUAAGAAAGGACGAAAACCGCAUACUCUUAGAACAGAUAAAGGUAGUGAAUUCAAAAAUCGCUGGGUAAAGUCCUUUUUGAAAAAAGAAGGCGUUCAUACCAUAUACACCCAGAACGAAACCAAAGCAAAUUAUGCUGAAAGAGUCAUCCGUACCAUGAAAAAUCUAAUGUAUCGUUACUUCAUCAAGAACAGAACAUAUCGUUAUGUCGAUAUUUUGCAAGAUUUAGUCACUAGUUAUAACCAAAGGCCCCACAGAUCUUUGGGUGAAAAUGCACCUGCAACUGUCAACGAGAAAAAUGCAGACGAAAUACGACUUACUGCAUAUUUGACCACAAAGAAAAAGAAUCCUAAGCUGAAAGCAAGCAAGUUGGAAAAACCAAAGGAAUCGAUGAGUAAGAAACGGAAUAAAAAGGUUUUUAAGUACAAAAUAGGAGACGACGUGCGCAUUUCACAGUUGAAACAUUCUUUUCAAAGAGAUUACCAGCAGAAAUGGACUGAAGAGUAUUUCAAAGUGUCUAAGCGAUACCAAAGAAAUGGAAUACAAGUGUACAAAAUAAAAGAUUUAGCUGAUGAUCCAAUAGAAGGUACUUUUUAUGAAUCGGAACUUCAAAAAGUCAUGAAGUCAGGAGAUAUUCUGUAUAGAAUCGACCAGGUGCUGAGAAAGAGAAAACGCGGUAAAACAAAGGAGGUGUACGUAAAAUGGGAGGGGUGGCCUAGUAAAUUCAAUUCAUGGAUUCCAGAAAGUUCUCUUGAAAAACCUAAAUAAAUACACAUCUCAUCAAUGAAUCAGCAUCAGUCAAGAUGAGUCUUCGAAUGGUGUUGAGCUCUACUGACAACUUGGAGUAUUUUGACAAUAAACCGAAUUGUUUUCGAACUCAGUUAAAUAAACAGGUGCAAUUAGAUGGAUAUUGGACGGUCGCUUUAACAGAAUUUACAACAGAUAGCUGGAAUUCGAACAAGAAAUCUCGAGAAGUGUUCAUUUGCUGCGACAUGUGUGAAGAAACCUUUGUGGGCGGUAAGGACAUGCCCCUCCUACGUAGAGUAUAUCUUGACGAGAAGCCGGAAACCAACAUUAUCUACAAA